CGAGACUGUUGAAUCCACUUUACAGCCUCGAAACGUUCGUUAACUCGCCGGCACCGCCUUUUCUUCUUUUUUUUACGCGCUCUUCUUACCACGGAUGAAUUGAACCGUGUGAUACGCUCCUUUGUCGAGAUUCGCCAACCCCCUUUGGUGCUGCUGCGCCCAUCCCGCAUUCCUCGCAUCGCUUUUCCACGGCGGAUUUUCCAACUGAAACAUGUCGGCUCCUGCGGAUUCUACCAUGAGCGGUGGCAGCGCUGCUCCUGGCAACGACUCGGGCCUCGAACAGCCCACAGAUGCUGUGCUGAUGAAGAAUAUCCCUCAGACGCCUGAGGCAGGCGACAAUCCCAGCGAUGAGGCGACUACCGACGCGGCUAAAGACACUUCCGCUGUCGCGACGACAUCGACCGAUACCGUAUCUACCGAUGAUGGCGAAACAGCUGCCCCAACUUCAUCGUCAAAAGGCAAGGAAGUAGCCAGCGCUCCUGAGCCGAUAACCACGACCAAAGAAGAUGUCACUCAGCAAGACACUCCUAAGCAGGACGCCCCAAAAGACGAGUCUUCCAAAGAACAGAAGCCCAAGGAAGAAAAGCCAAAGGAGGACAAGCAGGGGGAGUCAGCUAUGGCUAUCGGUCCGGCAGAAGAAGAGAUCAAAGCUGCUGGUUCUGGAGGCGCCGACGGUCCAGUUUGCAACAUUACUCUGUUGCUAGCAUCUGGGGGCCGACAUCCUUACAAGAUUGAUGCCAAGUACCUUAGCAGGAGACAUGUCGCCAUGCCGGAUAAGGACGAGAGCGGCAACCCUGAUCCAUUCAGCAUCAGUAUCUACACGUUGAAGGAACUGAUUCUGCGGGAAUGGAGAUCUGACUGGGAGACCAAGCCUGCCAGUCCCAGCAGCAUAAGGCUGAUUCAUUUUGGCAAAUUAUUAGAUGAUAAGGAGCAGCUAAAGAAGUAUCAUUUUCUCCCCGAUAGCCCCAAUGUGGUCCACAUGAGCAUCCGGCCCCAGGAUCUUGAUGAGGAGGAACCUAAGAGUGGGAGCAAGAGCCUCCCUGCGGGCGCCACACAUGGGGAUGGCGCGAGAGAGGGACGUUGCUGCAUUAUUUUAUAAAGCGAUAAUAGCGUUUGGUGCCAACACCACGUACCACCUCGCCCCUCUGAGCCACUUCUUGAUUAGCCUUUGAUGGCAAUACAUAUGAUCGAUCGGACGACUGCAAAGACGUGUUUGCAUAGACCUUGGCCGCAGAGACGGGUGUUCUGGCUUGAGCGGUUUCUGAAUGGCAAUCUGGCUUGAAAGCAUUCAUUGGUUCAGAUACAGCUGCACGUAAGGACGGCUUGCUGUAUCACUUUGACAUUAAUAUUCCGUUUCUACAAGUUGCUUUUGGAGGAGGGGAUUCUUUUUAUUUGGUUUUUAUUGAAAGUACUUGCCCCCUUUUGUGCGUUUUGUGUUUAUUACUUUCAUUGUCAUUUUCGUUUAGCCACUCAGGGAAGCAGCGCGAAGGGAAUUCAAGAAGCGGAAGAAUCUGGGAAAAUCGGGGAUCAUUGCCGGCGUAUGUUAACAUUAUUGAUUCAUGUA